GAACCGUCGCGCUCCUGCCGCUUCAUCCAUGGCGCCUCUGUUCCGUCGCGGCAUGCUGGCAUGUGACGCGGGCGGCCUUCGGCGCUGGGUCGUGGUCGCGGUGCUGGCCAGCGGCGCCAUGCUGGUCGCCUUCCAGCUGCACCUGGCCGUCAAGCAGACCGCGUUGCCACCCUGGAUGACGGCUAGACUGGGUCAGGAAGGGCGUGAGAGCAGGACGGAACGGGCACACCGCAUCAUGGAACGGCAGAUAUUCAGGGACAAAGAGGAAGCCGACCACCGACACGACGACCCGACCUCGUCGGGGUCGAGCCACAAGCUGUUGUGGUUCUUCACCAACGGCACCGAGUGGCCUCGACCGUCGAGCAAACUGUCGAGGCUCGGCAACGUGUGGCCCGACCCGCAGUCGCCGCACGACGAUCGCAUCGUGGCGCAGCUGAUGUACCUGCCACCGGGAUACAAGGCGCAACCCAAGAGCAUCAAGGGAGACAUGCUGCCGACAAUCCCACCUGUCCUCGCUGGCAGGAGGAGAGGAGAGUGGCCACACUCAUGCCGUCUCUCCAACACCGCUCUCGAGAAGGGCGGUCAAAGCCGCGCAGUACGCGAGGAGUCCCGUGAGGUGCGCUCCUAUGCUGCUGCGGUGAAGACCAACCUUCCCGAGAGCAACACCGCGGAUCCCGGCCUGCAGCCCCCUUCUCCUGCGCCGCGCCAAUCUCCCCUGCCACUGGCGAGCUCCCCGAGGUCGAGCCCGCCUGCCGCCCCACCCGCUGCGCCCACAGAGGACGCGCGGGAAGCCCUGAUCACCAGCCUUCUUGCUGCACUUCAGGCAGUAGGAAACUACCCAACUGAAGACCACCCAAUGCGGGCAGUCUGCCUCCAAGCAGUCGGUGUGCAGCCCGGUGCCCCCAAGAAGGAUUGA